GCAUCUAGCCCUGGCGGUCUGCUCCACUCAUCCAUGAAGCAGGGCCCCCCUACACCGGAGCCGGCAGGCCCCUGAGCAUCCUACAUGCGUCCGUGAGCUCCCACUCAUUCCAUUUCGCGCGAGCGAGCGCGCUUUCCCACCGCCCCGCCGGGAGCGCGCCGCCGCGAUGGCCGCCAGUAGGAAGCGCUGGACGCCAACGUCACGUCCCAAGCCCCGCCCCCAGCAGAGCCUUCUAAACACGUUCUUCCGCCCACUUCCCCCUUUCUCUCCUUUCCUCCGCCAUCGCCGCGGUGCGAACGUGGCGCUUCGCCAUGUCUUCCCACAAGACCUUCCGGAUCAAGCGCUUCCUGGCCAAGAAACAAAAGCAGAAUCGGCCUAUUCCUCAGUGGAUUCGGAUGAAAACUGGUAACAAGAUCAGGUACAACUCCAAGAGGCGGCACUGGAGGAGGACCAAGCUGGGUCUGUAAGGAGUCACAGGAGACGCACGCAUGCACAUUUGCUGUGAUAGGCUGCUAGUAUCUUGAACACACAGGCGAAAAGGCACCAUAAGUUGAAGUCAUGUUUCUUUGAAUAAUCUUCCUCUAGCUUCUGUACCUCAUUGACAACUCAGUAAUAAAUCUUGUGAUACCGUG